GAGAGAGAGAGAGAUAGACUGAGGGAGAGAGAGAGUGUGCGGAUGUAGGAGGUGGUUCUUAGACAGACAUUAGCCGUUUAGUCCUGCCUCGUUUGGCUUCUCAGACUGCAGAUUAUCUCCCAUUUACAAAAAACCAUUCAAACCCUCAAAAGACUUUCACGCAAGCCCUCCUCCGGCAACCAGCAGGAUCCAGACGAAGACACGCUCCGAGCUGUGGGUUCAUCUAUCUCUCUCUCCCUCUCUGUUUGCAGGAUGAGUGUGGAGAGACUGGGGAUGGCUCUCUCCAGCGUCUGGGACAGCGGGAACGCGACAUGGCCGCUGCCCGAGCGUUCCGUUCUUCAGCCGGUGUGGGACUAUCUCCGGCAGAACCACGAGAGCACCCUCCGUUCGCCUCUGUUCCCCGUUCUCCUCUCCGUCUCUACCUAUCUGCUGCUGAUCCUGUUCUACACCAUCCUGGACUUGCUAGCUCCCACCUGGCCUAGCAUCCGCCGCUACCAGAUCCACCCCGACCACACCGUUACCUGGUCCAGCAUUGGCAACACUCUGGCCCUCACCACCUACAACCACCUGCUCUACAUCUUCCCAGCAGCUGUGGCGCAAUGGCUCUGGCGCCCCCCAGUGCCUCUCCCCAGCGAAGCACCUUCGCUAGCUGCCUUCCUGCUCGGGAUACUUGGAUGCACGGUGGUUUUUGACUUCCAGUAUUACCUGUGGCACGUCUUGCACCACCGUGUGAGCUGGCUGUACAGUACCUUCCAUGCAAUCCACCACCAGUACAGGCAACCGUUCAGCCUGGUGACUCAGUACCUGUCAGGCUGGGAGCUCUUCAGCGUGGGUCUCUGGACCACAGUGGAUCCGGUGCUGCUACAAUGCCACUGCUUGACUGGCUGGGCCUUUAUGAUCUUCAACGUGUGGGUCUCUGCGGAGGAUCACUGCGGCUACGAUUUCCCCUGGGCCAUGCACCGCCUGGUGCCCUUCAGCCUUUGGGGUGGCGUCCUGCGCCACGACAUCCACCACCUACAUCCCGGCACCAACUUCGCACCAUUCUUCACGCACUGGGACUGGCUGGCCGGGACUGCCUGCGCUCCCUCCGCAAAGCUUCGUGAAAACGAGAGUGACGAAAACAACACGAAAGCCAACGGACGGAAAGCAGACAAAGGGGCUUGAGAGACCAUCCAUCAAGAGACGAUCUAUAGCACCUACACUGCCGUUCAAAAGUUUGGACUCACUGCUCCGAUGUUUGGAAUCAAUGUUCUCAAUAAUAUGAAACAAAUUCUGUUGCUGAAAAAUGUAAAAUUAGUCUGAUAUGCUAGUCCUGUGCAACUUUAUACUUCUGAAAUCACUUGUAGGAUAGGAAGCUGUAAAAUAACAAAAAGAUGUUAGAUACGUUCAGAAAGAUGAACAGAGCUGUGGACUGUUCUAAAAUUAGAAAGCUGUAGAGCAUCCAGAAUGAAGUUAUGAUUCUUAUUAUUUUCAUAUCCAGAAUCGAUCAUAUUCAACAAGUGGUCAAAUCUCAAAGUGGACAGCUUGGCAAGAAAUGACUGUAAAUAGAUAAUCACAGCAGUUAAUAAUGCAAAUACUUGAAAUACUUAACGUCUAAAAGAAUAGCUUUUUGGUGUUUAGUUUAAAAGACUUAAAUCUACACUGUAUAAGUUAUUAUUGUGUAUGAAAUAACAAAACAUAUUAAUAUGACAAGU